AUGGCGGCCGCGGAUGUGGACACGGGCUACAUCGCAGGCCACCUUGGCCUCGAUCAGCCUGUCCUAACGACCCUGGCGACCGAACCGACUGUUGAUCUCGUCAACAUUCUCUUUCAGGCCAUCGCAGCCAAGGCGCACGAAUUCGACACCCUGUACGCUGAGAAGCUUCAGACGGAUAUUGAGCUAGAGAACGCGGUUCGUAGCUCCGAGUCGCGCUCGCAAACGUCCAAGGCUACCGCCGACAAGGCCCUGAAGGACGUGGAAGAGGCUAGACAGCUGCUCAAGGACGAAGAAACGAAGCGCCAAUCCGUCGAGAACGAACUUCAGGUCUUGAAGGCCAAGAAAUCUGACUACGAUGCCGAGAUCAAGUCUCUCAACGACAAGAUUGAAACCCUUCAAUCGUCGAAUCGCACUAACUUGAGCAUCAUCGAAUCGAACAACAAGCGCGAUCAGACCAUCACUGAGGAGCUCACCAAGCAGCACCAGCGGAAUGUCGAGCUCGCACGCGAGAUUACAACUCUUCAGCAGUCGGAACAGAACGCCAGGGGCCAGCUCAACAGCGCCAAGUACCGAGAGGAAUCGCUCCAGCAGCAGCUCGACCUGGCCCGAAAGAACAGUGAAUGGCUCGAGAAUGAACUCAAGACAAAGAGCGAGGAGGGCCUCAAGUACCGAAAGGAAAAGGGCGCCCGCAUUGCUGAACUUCAGCGCCAGAACGAAGAUAUUCAAUCCGAAGUCGAGGCCCUGAAGCGAACCGAGCAGCAACUUCGCGAACGACUUGACGCCAUGCAAGCCAAGGCAGAUGAGGCCCUCGUUAAGCUUCAGAAGCAGGAGGGUACUUUUGCCCAGACAGUCGAGAGUUAUAAACAUGAGCUUGAGGACCAGCGACGUCUCGUUGACAUGUCUGACCAGCUCAGCAAGAAGCACUCGGAACGUGUGCGCGACCUCGAGUCUGAAAAGGAGCGCCUCAAGGACAACUACGAAAACGAGAUUCGACGCAUCCGAGUCGAGCUUGAGGAGGAGCGACAGAACUCGCGCGCAAUGGAGGAGCGCAUCCAGCAGCUCGAGUCAGAGAUUGACGGACUCCAAGUUCGACUGGAGCAGAAUGUUCCCCCGCCUGAGUCUGCACCUGCGACUCCUCGUCCCAACGGCAUGCUACGACCUUCAUCUCCUUUCGGAACCCCGGCCUCCAUCCGUAGCAAGGGUGCUAUGACCGCGACACAAGCCAUUGACCAGCUCUACCAGGUCAAGGCCCAGCUGGCCAGCGAACGACGCCGCAACCAGCAGCUCUCCGAAGAGCUUGAUGGCAUGAUGUCGGCACUCGAGGCCAAGGCUCCAGAGAUGCAAGAGCUGCAAGCCGAGUCGGAGACUCUUCGAGAAGAGAUCACACGCAUGUCGGAGCUGUCGCAGCAGAGUUUUGAGGAACGAGAUGCUGCUCGACGUGCAGCACGAAAGGCAGAGGGCGCACUCGCAACAGCCCAAUCCGAGAACAAGAUCAUGCGCACUCAGCUCCGUGAUCUUGGAACCCAGAUCCAGAUGCUCGUUUUCAACAUCUAUGCCAUCGAGAAGGGCAUGGAGCAGUUGACCGAUGAGGAGGUUUUCCGUCUCAAGCAGCUGGAGAAGGGCGAGAUCACCGAGGAGGCCUUGUCUGACAUGUCUGACACUCACCAGUUCAUCACUCAGAAGCUGGUGGUUUUCAAGGAUGUUCAGUCAUUGCAGGCCAAGAACGAGGAGCUCAUGCGCAUCACCCGAGAACUUGCUGAGCAACUUGAGAGUGAGGAGGCGCUUGCGGCCAAGCAUCAGGCCAAGGAGGAUCACGACAUGGUUGAGAAGCUUCAGCAGGAGCUGGUGCACAUGACGGAGGAGACCAAGUCCAUCAAGACAACGAUGGAGAGUUACAAGAUGGAGCGAGACAUGUUCCGACGACUGUUGCAGCAGCGAGGCGUAAACGGCGACGAGGCAUCCAUGAUGCGUCAUUCUCUUGGCGGUGGCCAGCGUCCACCUCUGGCUAGCAUCGAAGCGACUGAGCAGACCGAGGCUCUGAACGAGGCUCUCCGCAAACUUCAGGGCGAGUACGAUAGUUUCCGUGACGCCCAAGAUGGAGUUCGCAAGGAUAUGCGAGAUCAGAUCGACAGCCUCUCAGCUGAACGAAAUUCGCUGCAGACAGACAAAGUGAAGCUUCACGCCGAGGCCAGACUUGAGUCGGAGCGACGAGAGAUGUUGCACACCAACUUUGUCGCUCUCCAAGGCGAGAAUCGCGAACUUCAGAAGCGCAACCAGACCCUGUCAGAAACCGCCGCCAAGCAGGAUAUCCGGACACAACAGGUUGCCGAGGAGCUCAUUGAGGCCAAGGGCUUGCUCGACAGCGUGCGAAACGAGGCGGCCAACCUCAAGGCCGAGAAGAAGCUUUGGAAGGAUAUCCAGGAUCGACUCAGCAAGGACAACGAGAACUUGAUAGAGGAGAAGAACCGACUCAACAAUCUCCUUGCGACCCAACAGUCUCUCGAGAACGAGCGUAACAGGACCGAAUCCGAGACGCGACGCAAGGCUCAGGCCAGAAUCGAGAGUCUGGAACAGGAAUUGAGUGAUACCCAGAGGAAGCUGUCUUAUGAGGCAGAGGAGACCAAGAAGCUGCAGCUUCGGAAGGAGUUUGAGGCCAAGGAGGCCCAGAAGCGAAUCGACGAGCUCAUGGCGAGCCUCAGCCAGAUCCGGGAGGAGCAUGUCGCUGUUAAGACCAGCAGAGAUCAUCUUCAGGCUCGCGUUGACGAGUUGUCAGUUGAACUGAGAAACGCCGAGGAGCGGGCUGGACGUCUCCAGCCCAGACCUACGCCAAGGCCCGGCACCAUCGAACUCAGCGAACAGCAGCAGCAGCUUGAGGCUGAGAUCCAAGAGCUCAAUGUUGAGAUUUCCGACCUUAAGCGAGACUUGGACAUGGCCAACACUCACCUCGAGAACGCCAAGGCACAGGCUGAGCAGUUCAAGGAGCUCAGCCAGGCCAACGAGGAGGCCCUGGAGGAUCUGCGAGCAUCCCAGGGCCAGUACCAGCAAGAGAUGGAGGCACUUAUUGAAGAGAAGGAUGCAAAGGUCAAGGAGCUUGGCCAACGACUUGAGGAUGUGUCUGCUGAGUUGUCUCGAUCUAACACUGAGCUCUCCAGCCUACGGGAUUCUCAGGGUGAGGUUGCGAGAAGGUACGAAGAUGAGAAGGCCAUCUUGCAAGAAGAGGUGAACCGACUCAAGGAGGAGAGCGUGAGGCACUUGGAGGCUACUCGAUAUCAUCAGCAGGAUCUCCGUGCCCAGGCUGAGAUUGCCUCGAAGGCUCAGCAGGAUUACGAGCAAGAGCUUGUGAAGCAUGCCGAGGCCGCCAAGCUCGUUCAACAACUGCGAGCCGAGCACAACGAACUCAAGAGCGAAGCAGCUUCCCUGAGAUCCGAGGCAGAGUCUGCCAAGGUUACUCUGGCGCAGAGCGAGAGCUCAUGGGAGGAUCGCCGACUGCAGCUGGAGCAGGAGAUGGCUGAGCUCAAGUCGCGACGGGAGGAUGUCAACUCGCAGAACAAGAUCCUUCACCAGCAGUUGGAGGCCUUGACUUCGCAGGUUGCAGCCCUCCAGCAGAAGCGCAACGAGAACGACGAAAACGAGGACGAGGGGAUGUCGCCUGUUCCUAUCGGUGACGCAACUGAGGGUCUCCGUGAACUCAAUAGCUACCUUCGACGCGAGAAGGAGAUCCUCGAGGUUCAGUACGACCUUAAGGCCCAGGAGUCCAAGCGUCUGCAACAGCAACUCGAGUACACCCAAUCCCAGCUUGACGAGGCGCGCCUCAAGCUCGACCAGGAACGCACUCAGGCUGCCCAAAGUGGCCGGACGUCGAUGACACACCAGGAUCUGAUGGAGAAGUUGAACGAGCUCAACCUGUACCGCGAGAGCAGCAUGACUCUCCGGAACGAGAAUCAGCAACUGAAGGAUCAGAUCACCGAAAAGAAUACCAAGAUUGAAGAGAUGGAGGCACGAAUCCAGCCACUGGAGGCUGAAAUUGACACGCUCAAGACACAAAAGUCGUUCCUCGAGGAUGAGAUCAAGCAAAUCCAGGAGGACCGCGACCGAUGGCAGAAGCGCACCGAGGGUAUUCUGACCAAGUAUGGACGAGUCGACCCUGCUGAGAUGGAGCAACUUAAGGAGAAGAUCACCAGUCUGGAGACGGAACGAGACGCCUUGAAGCAGGGUGAGGAGCCCCUCAAGGUCAAGGUGAUCGAGCUCGAGACUACUCUUGAGACAGAGCGCAACAACUGGAGUACCACUCGCGGCAAGAUCGUGGAGCAAGCUAAGGAGCGAUCAAGGAAGCUUACUGGUGAGAAGAAUGAGGCCAUCCAGCGCGCCAACCAUCUUCAGGAGAACUUGGACAAGGCCAACGGCGAGCUUGAGGGCGCCAAGAAGCAGGCCGAGGAGUUUGGUAACCAGAAGACCGAGCUUGAGCGCCAGAUCCAAAACUUCCAGAAGGAGGUGGAGCAACUACGACAACAAGCGCAGGCUGCCCAGUCAACAUCCACACCCGCUCAGCCAGCCGAGGCUUCUGCUUCUUCAGAGGUUGUGUCGCAGCUUGAGCAGCAGCUGGCUGAUGCCCGCAAGGAACUUGAGGCCAUCAGCAGCCAGAAACAGGGAGCUGAGCAGCAACUCGAGACACUUCGCGACGAGCUGCGAACUGCUAUCUCUGAGCGGGACGAGGCCACCAAGAAGCUGCAGGAGGCAACCGAGGCCGCGAAGACUACAUCUGGUGUACCAGAGACACCUCAAGCUGCUCUCCAGGCUGGCGACGCCCCUUCACAGCCUUCUAACGGCAUCUCUGACGAGGAGAAGAAGGCUUUGGAGGAGAAGGUCACGGCUGCUGAGGCCAAGGCGGCCGAGUUUGAGCAGAAGGCGAAUGAGGUGGAGGCUAAAAUCCAGAGCACGAUCAAGGAGCGUUCCGACCGGAUGCGGGAUACUCUCAACGCCAAACUUAGGGAAAGCCGAGCUCGUAUGGAGGAGGAGUACAAGAAGAAGGACGAGGAUCUCAAGCUCAAGUUUGAGCAAGAGAAGCAGAUCUGGCUGGCUGAGAAUGCUACCACGAAGCCUGCUGAUGCACCAAAGACGGAGCCCACCGAACAGCCCCCGUCAACACCAGCCAAGGCUGAAGCUCCUGCCAUCCCAGCAACACCCGCGUCUGUUGGUCCGGCCGAUCUGUCUCAAUUGGACGAUGCUGGUAUCCGACAGUUCCUCUCGACCAACCCAACAGUCAAGAACAUUGUUGCGGCUAACAUCAAGAAGAAGCUGGAGGUGGAGAGCACCAAGCUGAAGACUGAGCUGGAGUCGACGAUCAAGAACGAAUAUGAGUCGAAGAUCACGUCGGCCAGGGAACAGGCCCAGCUGAUGGAGUCUAAGAAGUCGACGUUGCGCAUUAACAUGGCGGAAAACAAGCUCAGAUCUGCGAACGCCAAGAUCGGAGUUGUUGAGAAGGCAGCGUCCGAGACGCCGCAGAAGCCUGUUGUCGAGGUCUGGGAAGUGGCUAAGACGGCACAGGCACCGCCCCCUCCGGCUGCCGCGAAGGCGACUGCUGCUCGCGGUUCGAUCGCCAGUGUUCCUCCAUCUCCAGCACCUGCAACACCUGCACCUGCUCAAGCGACUCCGGCCCAGGCCCAGGCCCCGGCGGCUACACCAGCUGGAGCAAAGCCGGCGCCAGCUGCUCAGCCAGUCACAAGCGGAAUUCCUGCACCCAAAACAAGCAAUCCGUUUGCUGCCGGCAAUGCUGCUGGAACCGAUAUUCCGAACCCGUUCGCCCCCAAGACCGAAGGCGCAACGGGUGCUAAGGAAGGACUACCUGCGGCACCAGCUCAGCAAGCUCCUCAGCAGUCAGCGCUCCCACAGCCAGUCAGGACUGGACUUCCCAUGCCCCGCGGCGGUGGCCGUGGCGGGAGAGGUGGUACCUACACGCACCCAGCUGGACGAGCUGCGAGUGGUAGUGAAGGUAGUGGUGGACGCGGAGGUCGUGGAGGACGUGGAGGAGGACGAGGUGGAUUGAACCCUGGUGCCAAUGAUUUCCAGCCCGGAAACAAGCGACCAAGAGGUGAUUCAGAGGUUGGAGGAGGAGCCAAGCGAGCUCGCGGGGCGCAUUGA